GCAGAGCCAGCAGAUGCAGCACCACGACGGCGUGGAAGAGCGUGAGCUGGCCUUGAAACGUCUGCACGACGGCCGUGCACAGCAGCGAGAGACCCUGCAGGCUGAGCGCGGCGACGGUGCUCCGGGAGAAGUCUUCCGAGUUGGUCCGCUCGCACACGAGGAUCUUGACCAGGUAGCUGAAGAGCUUGCCGGUCAGGCACAGUGCGUAUAUCGAUAUUCUGAUCUGAUAAAAAAAGAACAGAUUGGGUUUAUGAGUGUCAGUCGUCUGGCUUUUCCAACAUUACCUUAUACAAGUCUAUCGCGUUUAUCCAGAAUGGGUUACAACCAUGAUCGUUUCAUUCAAAAUCGUCGCUAUUCAAGCUAUACAUGGAACUCCGCCCAGGAAGGUGUAUACCCUACUCAAGGCAAAUGUUUCCGGCCUCGUUUGGAUUUGGUGAUAAUUCAAAACUGCGAGACGCUGACCACCUUUUUUUCGCUGCGACUUGAAUACGACUUGGACGAGAAAAUGAAAGGUCCUUCCAAAAAGAAAACCAAAAACCCGACCCAGCCCAAACUGGCCCAACCACUCUUCCCUCGCAAAGGGUAAGACGGCAGAGCAGGGUAAGAGAUUUCAGCAGCUGAACCUCUGACCAUUCGGUUUUGCACCAAUUGGCUGGCUGUGCCAUCCACACUAUCGGCUCCAGAGGAAUCCUGCAGUGUCAGCCGGGAGACGCACAAACCCCCGUCCAGUACCAAUUUAGAAAUGCGUGGCUGAGGCCCAAUCCAAAGUGUUCAGGCAAAAUUGUGCAUCUCGUUUUCUUAUUUCAAGACGGACUGACUCUUCACGCAUUGUUUCAGCAUCGGCGGUGGUGAUUUGUUUAUCACUCUGAUGUUCGGCCUCGGCUUUUAUACUUUCGUCGCAAAUACGACGUUGGCCUCUUUUGCCGCAACGAUGUCAUCGGCUCCCAGGACAAUGAAUGUAAUACAAUAUUUUGCACAUUGGUAGACACAUUCAUUCCUUGGGAUUACACCAUCUUGGUUUGUACACAUAGUGUGCAAAAAGGAAACAACAAGAAAAACCGCAAAAAUGAUGCACCCAAUCGAUCGCAUUUGGACAGUUGUCCUAUUCGUCGUCCUCUCGGCUAUCGACAUCGCCUUCAACGCCGCAGCCGGCCCCGCAGCGGUCGCCGCCGGGGCUCACGUCGAAGGCAGACCCGUCACGGCACAAGCACUUGGCCUCGGCGCACAGGCGGGAGCCACCAAGGCCGGAAUCUUGGCAUUCCUCGGGUUUUUGGGAUUGGCAAACCUGACCAGCGUCGCGGCGACGAUGCUGAUCAUCAUCAUGGCGACAAUAUUUGGCAUAUGCGUCCUCGUGACCGCUCAGGUGUCGUAUGCCCUCAUAGGAGACACUCCUACGGCGCUUCUCAAAGCUGCACUAGUGGCUGCGCUUCCGUUACAGUUACCGGAGGGUUAUGGGAUGUAUUUUGCCGUCAACAGGUACAGAAAAGAAGACAAAUUCAGCGGCGAGUCAAUGAACACCUUCCACUACUCAAGAACAUUGGCCUUGUGGAUCACGACGGUGGUAUGGGAUGCUAUAGCAGGAGUUACUUUUGCAGCGAUGGCACAAAACCUAGGCUACCCCGUUUGUAAAUUGGGAACAGCAGCUGCGGCUGGUGCUGUGUAUGGCGUCUUUUCGGGGUUGUCCAAGAUGAUAGCGUAUAUCGCAUGGGGCUUGUAUUAUCGGAACAAGUGAAUUUGUAAUUAUACGAGAAAGUAGUUUUAAGCUUAUGGACUUUGAACAAGAAUUGCAGAUCAUGGAGCAG